AUGCCUGGGACUAGCAAGUUUUCAGUGAGAAAAGAAGGAAAGAGAAUAUAUGAAGUAGGAAGUCUUAACUGGAAGCACUGGAAGUUUAUUUUGUAUUGUCAUUUUUGUUUUGUUUUCUCUGCCAGUGACACUAUAUGGGAUAUUGCUAAAGCUGAAGUUGAGCGGAGAGAAAAUCAGGAAGGUGACAGAGAUGGACUGGAAUGUUGGGAAAGAUCCAUAUUCUUUAUUGGAAAUAAAAAUGGGGGAAAGACUGCUAUUAUAUUGAGGUGUCUUGACAGGGAUGAAAUUCCAAAACCAACAUUAGCUUUGGAAUAUACUUUUGGAAGAAGAGCCAAAGGACAUAACACACCCAAAGACAUUGCUCAUUUUUGGGAACUAGGUGGUGGAACUUCAUUGUUGGACUUGAUUCACAUCCCAAUAACUACUACUAACAUCAGGUCAUUAGCUGUAGUUCUUGUUUUGGAUCUUUCAACACCAAAUGCACUAUGGCCAGCAAUGGAGAGUCUUUUACAAGUCACCAGGAAGCAUGUAGAGAAGAUUAUAACAACGCUUGGACAGAUCAAUCCUAAAGCAGCUAAUGAAAUUAAACAGAAAAUAUGGAACAAUUUACCGAAGGAUCACCCAGAUCGUGAACUGAUUGACCCCUUUCCAAUCCCACUGGUUAUAAUUGGAAGCAAAUAUGACCUAUUUUAUGAGUUUGACUCUGAGGUGAAAAAAAUAAUACAUAAGACUCUUCGAUUUGUUUCUCAUUAUUAUGGAGCCUCUUUAGUGUUCACUGGCAAAUCAGAAGCUCUGUUGCUGAAAACACGUAUGCUUAUUAACCAUUUAGCAUUUGGCUUUGAUAGAAGCAAAUUCAUGUCAGUGGAUCAGAAUAAACCACUCUUUAUCCCAGCAGGACUGGACUCUUUUAGUCAAAUAGGGCCCCCUCCUGCCUCUGAGAGUGAUAUUGGGAAGUUGCAUGCACAGACACCUAUGAAUCUAUGGAGAAAAGUGUUUGAAAAUAAAUUUCCACCUAAGAACAUUGGUGUUUUCAAAGAAGUCAGGGACCCAGCUCAGGAUCCACAAUAUGCUGAAUAUGAAGUUGAUGCAAUGCGAGCUCAGAAAAACCAGGAACUUGAACAGUACAAAAGGAAUGCUGCAAAGACAUGGAAAGAAAUGGAGUUUGAUUCUUGACUAUGAGAAAUACUUGGCUUUCAACCAGAUUUCAACUUUAAUGUUGUAUUUUGUACCUUUACAUUGGAUUUGAGAACAUUUGAUAAAAUAUGUAAGAAACAUAUAGCAAGUAGUUCAUCAUAAUUGUGGUUAUCAGUUCAUGAUAGAUACCAGUGGGUUAUGCCUGAAUAUCUCAUUUCACUCAUUCUUACUAAGAAGAAACUCAGAUGUACCUGAUAAGAAACAGCAGUAUAUGUAUGUUGUAUUAGUUAAUACUGGAUAAGCUGGGAGCGUGUGAGGAAUCAGAAUGGAGGAACAAUUUGAUCAUAUUUUCUACAUAGCUGAUACUUGUGUAAUAAAAGUAGCAAAACUGGGCCACCCACAAAGCAGGGAUCACUAAACAUAUGACUUUGUCAAUUAAUCAAAAGAGGUAAAGGUCCCUCAAAACAGUUUUAUGAGGUCUAAGAAUGUUCCAGAAGGAAAAUAAUGUCAAGACAGUUGAGCAUUGAUUUUAAAAGGUAGGUAGGAACCUCUUUCCAGCCUAAAGAGUGUGUAGAGUUGAUAGAAUCCUGCAGGGAAAGAUGAUAUUGUGUGGGUCUUCCAACCCCCCCACCCCCCCAUUCUUCACAGACUUCUAAAUUGGUAUGAAUGUGUUAAAUGUGAGUGCAAAGUGCAAUGUUGAAAUUAACAUUGAAUGUGGUAACUUUAAGAUUUUUAAUUUAUUCCAUAGCAUUUAUAGUUUCUUAUUUUUGUCGUAAUACUUAAUAUUUGUUCCUAAGACAACCUAAAAAGAAUAACUGAAAAUGCAAGCCAGGUUGUGAUAUCACAGAAAGAGAAAAAUAACCAUCAAGUUGCCUCUUCUUGGAUCAUCUAUUUAAUUUCUCUAAGGUGAAUUAAAAGAACUGGGUUUUUUUCCUUAGUUUGUUUUUGAAGUGUUAAUGGAAGACUAAAUGGAAAGUCUUUAGUCAUUCAACAACAGAAAAAGGCUUUGAUUUCACAGUUCAAGCUGCACUUUCAGCUUCAAAAAAAGUAUAAAAAUAGCACUUUUACAAACCAUUUAGUGGCACUUUUAUUACCUAAGAAUAAUUAUAUCUCUUAUUUUAAAACUUAUAAUUGCUAAAACUACGAGUGCUGGGAUAAAGGCAUAUAAUAGUAAAAAGUCAAUUGUGAACCGGGAUACUGCUCCAGGAUAGCUUCUUUCAACGAACUGAAUCCCGUGAGAGAAUGGACAAGAUGCUCCAAUUCCAGUAGAAACAUUAAAAAGACCUGGCAAAAGAGUAUGUUUACAUUAUGAUGCUGUGUUGUUAGUUCUGACUUGUUUUAAGAAUAUGCUGUACAAUGUUAGACCUACAUGACGAGUUAACAGCUUGGAAACUUUGAGAGGGGCACAGAUUCCCAAGGAUAAGUCAGCAGCCAAAGAAAACUUCAUUUUGGAUUAGUAAACUCAUAUUCUCCUACUUGGUC